AUGAGAAGUUUCAAGUGUGUCGUCGUGGGUGAUGGUGCCGUUGGUAAAACUUGUCUAUUAAUAAGUUACACUACAAACACAUUUCCCCAAGAUUAUAUCCCAACUGUGUUUGAUAAUUAUACAAAAAAUACAUUAUUUGAAGGUGCUCAUUACAAAUUAGAACUAUGGGAUACAGCAGGUCAAGAAGAUUAUGAUAGAUUAAGACCUUUAUCCUAUCCACAAACUGAUGCUUUUUUGGUUUGUUUCUCUAUUGUUGAGCCAUCAUCAUUCAAAAAUAUAAAAAGUAAAUGGAUUCCAGAAAUUAGACAUCAUUCUACAGAUUCAGUUCAAAUACUGCUUGUUGGUACUAAAGCAGAUCUGAGAGAAGAUCCACAUACCCUUGACAGAUUGGAAGAAUCUGGUAAUGAACCUAUAUCUAGAGCUGAUGGUAAGAAAUUAGUGAAAGAACUAGGUCUUUAUGAUUAUUUGGAAUGUUCAGCAGCUACUCAAGAAGGUGUCGAAGAAGUUUUCGAUUCUGUUAUAAAAGCCAUUUUAGAAACCGAAAAAGAGACAACAGCUCCAGUAUCAAUGCCACAAAAGAAUAAUGCAUCUCAACAAGCAACUGUCAUCUCCAAGAAACCAAGAAAAAAAUCCAAAUGUACUAUUUUAUGA